AUGGCGACCCCUCUCAACGUGUUGAUGAUCGGUACUGGCGAGUACACCACCGGCUUCGUUGGCGGUGGCGCCUCUGGAUCCGACAAGAAGGUGGGCGUUGUCGGCCUCACCCUCUUCGACCUGCGACGACGAGGCAAAGUCGGCCAGCUGGGCAUGGUUGGUGUCAAUGGCACAAAGUUUCCCGCAAUCCGAGAGCACCUCAACAAGAACAUCACCCAAGUCUACAACAACCUGGACACCUCAUUCGACUCAUUCCCAGCCAACGACAAGGUCGAUGCCGACGCCUACAAGGCCGCCAUUGACCAACUCAAGCCCGGCGAUGCCAUCACCAUCUUCACCCCCGAUCCCACCCACUUCCCCAUUGCGCUGUACGCCAUCGAGCGCGGCAUCCACGUCCUCAUCACCAAGCCCGCCGUGAAGCUGCUGGAGCACCACCUGGAGCUGGCCCAAAAGGCCAACGAAAAGGGCGUCUACGUCUUCAUCGAGCACCACAAGCGCUUCGACCCCGCCUACUCAGACGCCCGCUUCAAGGCGCAGACCCUGGGCGACUGGAACUACUUUUACUCCUACAUGUCACAGCCCAAGUCGCAGCUCGAGACGUUCAAGUCCUGGGCCGGCAAGGAGUCCGACAUUUCCUACUACCUCAACAGCCACCACGUCGACAUCUGCGACUCCAUGGUCCAACAGCGCGGCUACCUGCCCACCAAGGUCUCGGCCACCUCCUCCAAGGGUGUCGCCACCAGCCUGGGCUGCGUCGACGAGACCGAGGACACAAUCUCCCUGCUGGUCACCUGGGAGCGCAAGGACGAGCCCAACAAGCGCGCCAUUGCCGUCUACACCUCCUCGUGGACAGCGCCUCAGCGAGCCGGCAUUCACACCAACCAGUACUUUCACUACCUGGCCAAGGAGGGCGAGAUCCGUGUCGACCAGGCCCACCGAGGCUACGACGUCGCCGACGAUCGCGCAGGCCAGCUGCAGUGGUUCAACCCGUUCUACAUGCGCUACGCCCCUGACGAGGACGGCAACUUCAACGGCCAGACGGGCUACGGCUACAUUUCCAUUGAGAAGUUUGUUGAUGGCUGCCGCGCGGUCAACGAGGGCAGGGCUACACCAGCUGACCUGGACGCCAAGGGUCUGCCUACUCUGAACAACACCAUUGCGACGACAGCCAUUCUGGAGGCUGGACGACGGAGUAUUGAUGAGGGCCGUGAGAUUAAGAUUGUGGUUGAGAAUGGCCAGUGGAAGCUGGUGUAG